AUGAAGCGUGCUAUUACUGUUUCCCUAUCGAUGCGCUCUACCUUUGUAUCCCGUUGUCAUGCAAGACUUCCUUCUUACCAGCAUCUGAGUCCAUUGAUCCUCCAGUCUACUCGCUCCAUCUCUCGUGCUAGCCAGGCCUCGACUAGUCCCGAUUCUGCCUUUGAGAGUUUAGGACAAUCUCCCACUUCUAUUACCCAACCAGGUACAGCAGAUUCGUAUCUGCUAGCCAACUUGGGUGCUGAUGUUGACAGAGCCAUGGCUAUUGCUGCCCAGCUUGCUCUGGAGAAGCAACGUAGUUGCGACCGACAUGUAGCGACUGAUCACGCCAAUGCAGAGAUUGCUUCUCGCAAUACUGCUGAACCACUUGCAACUCUUUCUGCUGGCAGGAUUCCAUCCCUGACUCAAGGCAUGGCAUCUUCUUUUGACGAAAUCCAUCAGGCUGUAGUCAACAGUACUGCCUUUAAGCCAGCCGGCGUAUAAACUGACUAGGGGUUUACCCCAGUUAUUCACUCAAUACACUGCCCUACAUGACUAUAAUUGAUCUGUCUGCAUUCAUAUCAUUUAUUUCUCUUGCUACCAUUGCCAAUUCUGAACCUAUCCAACCAUGAUGUUCUUUUUGCCUACUCUGCUGUCUACUUGAAUAUCUCAUCUGCAAUGCAGUCGACAUGACGCUCGAUCAAGACAAUGAUGUGUCUCGUCAUGAUUCCUAUGGUCAUCACUGAAUCACCAAAUGUGACUCUGAAUUCUCACGAUUCCUAUUUUAUACCCCUUGAAUCUGACAAUAAAAGCAUUUGUUUUGAUUUUUGC